AUGCCUGCACCACCUAAACAACGCAAGAUUGCUAUUGUAGGCAGUCGAUCUGUCGGCAAAUCUUCACUUACUGUACAAUUUGUCGAUGGUCACUUUGUAGAAAGUUAUUACCCGACUAUCGAAAAUACUGUCAGCAAGGUCAUCAAGUACAAAGGGCAAGAGUUCGCCACUGAGAUCGUUGACACAGCUGGUUCAGAAGUCAUCAAGGAUAAGAUAUUGAAUCACUUGGGUACUGAAUGGGUUCCAAUCACAAUUGUUGGUAACAAGAGUGAUCUUCGACCAGAGCAGCGCCAGGUCACUGCUGAGCAAGGCAAGGCAUUGGCUGAAAAAAUCAAAUGUGCUUUCACUGAAGCAAGUGCACGUUAUAACGAGAAUGUUACCAAGGGAUUUGAACUCAUGAUUGAGCAAAUCGAGAAAGGUGAAAAUCCUAAUGAGCCUUCAGGAGAUUCCAAAUGUAUUCUCAUGUGA